AUGUCUUUCCAACCCGGCACCUUGAAAGAUCCAUCAAGCUACGAGGCCAUGGUUUUCCUUCCGGAAGUGCGGCCGACCAAGCUUCCUUUGCUGCUAUAUCUACAUGGAGCUGGCGAGAUGAGGGGCGAACUACAUGACAUUAUCUCUGAGGGAGCUACUGGCACCCCACCUGUGGAAUUGAGCUUUGGAAGGGCGCCCAAGACCCUGUCGGAACGCUUCGCUGUGGUGGCGCCUCACACCUCCCAGGGAUGGAACCGGGAGCUGAUUAACCGCUUUGUUGACUUUCUGCUUGCGGACAAGUCCUUGCAAUUGGAUCCAACAAGGCUGUAUGUUACGGGUCACUCAAUGGGUGGAGCCGGAGCAUUGGUUGCUGCAACGAGUGGCCGCUUCGCAGCUGCAGUUCCAGUUGCGGCAUCUGGUGCACCUCCCGCUAGAUCACUACAAGGUGUUCCGAUUUGGGCCUUUCAUGGCAACAACGACGUCAUCGUGCCGAGUGCUGUCAGCAAGGAGCUCAUAGAAGCCUUGUGGAAUGCUGGAGCGAAGAAGGAUGACGUUAAGCUGACUCUCUAUGACGAUGCUCCAGCGCCUCCUGGGUGGCCAGACUACUUUGGACACGCAAGCACGAUCCCAGCAUAUGCAGCUUGCCGGCACUGGAGGUCUUGA